AUGACUACUGAUGAAGGUGCCAAGAACAAUGGAGAAAGCCCAGCAGCUGCUGUUGCUGAACGAGGAGAGGAUAUUACCUCCAAGAAGGACAGAGGUGUAUUAAAGAUUAUCAAAAGAGUGGGGAGUAGUGAGGAAACACCAAUGAUUGGAGACAAAGUUUAUGUUCAUUACAAAGGAAAAUUGUCAAAUGGAAAGAAGUUUGAUUCCAGUCAUGACAGAAAUGAGCCAUUUGUCUUUAGUCUUGGCAAAGGCCAAGUUAUCAAGGCAUGGGAUAUUGGUGUGGCUACCAUGAAGAAAGGUGAGAUCUGCCACUUACUGUGUAAACCAGAAUAUGCAUAUGGCUCAGCUGGAAGUGUCCCCAAAAUUCCUUCCAAUGCAACUCUCUUUUUUGAGAUUGAACUUCUUGAUUUCAAAGGAGAGGACUUAUUUGAAGAUGGAGGCAUUAUCCGGAGAAUCAAACGGAAAGGAGAGGGAUACUCAAACCCAAAUGAAGGAGCAACAGUAGAAGUCCACCUGGUAGGCCACUGUGGUGGACAGCUGUUUGAUUGCAGAGAUGUGGUAUUCAUUGUUGGCGAAGGAGAAGACCACGACAUUCCAAUUGGAAUUGACAAAGCCCUGGAGAAAAUGCAGCGGGAAGAACAGUGCAUUUUAUAUCUUGGACCACGAUAUGGUUUUGGAGAGGCAGGCAAGCCUAAAUUUGGUAUUGAACCUAAUGCUGAUCUUAUAUAUGAAGUUACACUUAAGAGCUUCGAAAAGGCCAAAGAAUCUUGGGAGAUGGAUACCAAAGAAAAAUUGGAGCAGGCUGCCAUGGUCAAAGAGAAGGGAACCGUAUACUUCAAGGCCCUUGGACUGGACAGUGCCAACGAGAAGGGCUUGUAUAGAAGGGGUGAAGCCCAGCUGCUUAUGAAUGAGUUUGAGUCAGCCAAGGGUGACUUUGAGAAGGUGUUGGAAGUGAAUCCCCAGAAUAAGGCUGCAAGACUGCAGAUCUCCAUGUGUCAGAAGAAGGCUAAGGAACACAAUGAGCGGGACCGCAGGAUAUACGCCAACAUGUUCAAGAAGUUUGCAGAGCAGGAUGCAAAGGAAGAAGCCAGUAAAGCAAUGAGCAAGAAGACUUUAGCACAGGUCACCAAUGAAAAAGGAACAGGAAGUCAAGCAGUGGAAGCAGAGAAACCUGAAGGCCGUGGAGGCAAGUACAUGCAGGCAGUGAUUCAGUAUGGGAAGAUAGUGUCCUGGCUAGAGAUGGAGUAUGGUUUAUCAGAAAAGGAGUCCAAAGCUUCUGAAUCCUUUCUGCUUGCUGCCUUUCUGAACCUGGCCAUGUGCUACCUGAAGCUUCGAGAGUACGCCAAAGCUGUGGAAUGCUGUGAUAAGGUGAUGGAUCAGCAGCAAAUUGACUUUUGGGGGCCAUAA